AAUGUUGCUGUUUACUGACUGUCACGGUAGUUGUUGAAUCUACCUUGUCGACCAUACCGCAAGGACUGAGUGCUGCUGGCUACUGAACGCCGAGCAGCACCAAGCAGUUGGCCAGUGUCACCUUUAGUAGCAUUCUCAUCGAGUGUUUUGUUUGCACAGCCGAGUCACUGCCGGCUGCUGAUCAAACAGUGUAGUACACUACAGAUCUGAUAGCUGGCUCUUGGUUUUUGUGGCUCCAUUCAAUUCAAAAGACGGUCUCUUAGGCAAUAUUCACCAUGAGGUGCACUGGCCUUCUUGUCCCAGUCCCGGUGCGCGUAUCCGUGGUGUACGGGCUCUGUGCACUUGUGGUGGGAUGGUUUGCCGUGACGGCGACCACACUGAGCCACGUCGACACUAGUUAUAGAGUACGAGUAAGAGUGGAUUCGGCGGAGCAGCCUCGGUUCAUGCAUUUGAUCCUGAGCGCGCCGGACACGAUGAAAGCCGUGUGGUACGAGGAGGCCAGCACCGGCAAUCUGUCGUCGAGUGCGCACUGCGUGUACAGGUCAACCGCGCCCGCAACUAGUCCGCCCGCCUAUGCGACCGGCGACAGUUACACGUACUCGGCUGGUGGAUUUCUGGGCAGUCUUCACGAGGUGAACAUGACAGGCUUAUCUCCGGGUAGUACGUACCAGUAUAGCUGCGCUACCGGUAAUACGUCCACAUCGGACUUGCAAAGUUUCACCCUGCAAGCACCUUCCGUUGGGCCUCUCCUGAUCGGCUUCAUCGCCGACAUGGGAAUUGACAAUUCAGCGGCAACGAUAGCCAGUCUGCGCAAUGCCACGGAUAUGGGCAUGCAGCUUGUGAUUCACGCCGGCGACAUCUCCUACGCGGACAGCCACGACCCGAAGGCGAACAACUCGCACGUCUGGAUGCAGUACAUGGCCAGCAUGGAAAGCAUCACGAGUCGCGUUCCCUACAUGACCUGCCCGGGCAAUCACGAGGCCGAGUAUGACUUCGCCGCCUACCUGAACUGGCUGCCGAUGCCCCAGGCGGCCAAGGUGUCGCCGACCGUGUUCUGGCACAGCUUCGACUAUGGUGGCGUGCAUUUCAGCAUGUUCUCCACGGAGCACGACUUCUCCAACGCCAGCGCCCAGUACGAGUGGCUCGCCGGCGAUCUGAAACGUGCUGAUGCGAACCGCGCGUCCGUACCCUGGCUGAUCGUGGUGGGCCACCGGCCGCUCUACUGCAGCUCUCUGGCGGAGAUCAGCCGCUGCGACCAGGAAGCACCGCAGUACCGCUCCUAUCUGGAGGAGCUGCUGAACGAGCACCGCGUGGACGUCUACGUCAACGGGCACAACCACCAGUACGAGCGCUCCUACCCGACCUACCGCGGCCAGCCCACUCAGAAGAACUUCAGCCGGCCUUCGGCGCCCGUGUACAUUGUGAACGGAGCGGCGGGCAAUAUCCACCCGAAUGAUCCCACCUAUCUGCCGCAGGCACUGGUACCCUGGCGUGCCUCGCACGGCCAUGGGUUCGACACCAGCUGGCUGCGUAUGACAGUGAUGGAUGCCGGUGUACUGAAAAUAGAAUCAGUUCUGAGCAGCAGUGGUGAAGUGGAGGAUGCAAUCACAAUACAGAAGGGACCGUCAGCCGGAUAAAGAGGGUCUCUGUCGUAGCUUGUAAGGCAUUGAUGUUAAAGGCUUUAGGAGACAUUGUGACUUUCCUUUGCAAGUCAUAUGCACGGGAUUGUGUUGAGCGGGACAAUGCACGCUUUCUGCACAAUGCUGUUGUCUGUGUAGUGUCAACUUAAAAUAAUCAUUAUUGAUUUUAAAGUAUGCCAAUAGUAAAAAUGCCAAAUGCUCCAUUGGCGUAUUUCAAGUAGCUAGGUUUGCAUUGGCAGCACUUGAACAGACCAACCUUACGCUCUGCAUGCCGUCACUGGACUCUGUAUGCCCAGCUACAUGACAUGUAUCUACACAGAUACAGACCGACCAGCAUUGCAAUUCUAGUCUCAGAUACUACUGUAUACAUGUACGCACAUGUACAUGACCGAUUGUAUUGAACCACAUGUGGAUCACUAUCGUCUGUCGGAUUGAUCUUUCUACCAGAGUUACGAUACACUCAUAUCGGAGACUCCCUCGAUUUAGGCUAAGGCCUGUGGAGAAUCCAUAAAUACAAUACAAUAUCUCUCUUAUCCGCACCUCGAAGAUAUGUGCACCUCAGUUUACCACUAGUACCAGGCACCCUUUGGUCAAGUGGGCGGGAGUGAUUCAGCCCCAUACCUCUACUCACCAAUCGAACCUAGAGAGGUGCGCAUCGUAUCCAGAUUGCAAGGUUUUAAGCUAGCCUGCCUUCCUUAUGUAUGCCUGAAAUAGGUUGUGUUUCGUCAGGUUUUGACAUGUUCCUUUCUUCUCA